AUGUCUUUGUUCCUCAACAGCAUGGCCUCAACCUUCCUGCUGAGUGGCAUUCCUGGGCUUGAGCAUUUAUACAUCUGGAUUUCCUUCCCACUGUGCUUCCUGUAUCUGGUUUCCAUCCUAGGCAACUGCAUGAUUCUCUUCAUCAUUAAAACCGAGCCUUCACUGCAUGAGCCUAUGUACCUCUUCCUGUCCAUGCUGGCUCUCACUGACUUGGGGCUUUCCCUUUGCACCCUUCCUACAGUACUGGGCAUCUUUUGGGUGGGAGCAAGAGAUAUUAGUCAUGACGCCUGCUUUGCCCAGCUCUUUUUCAUUCACUGCUUGUCCUUCCUAGAGUCCUCUGUGCUACUGUCUAUGGCUUUUGACCGGUUUGUGGCCAUUUGCCGUCCCUUGCACUAUGCUUCCAUUCUCACCAACACAGUCAUUGGCAGAAUUGGUCUGGCUUCCCUGGCCCGUAGCAUAGCACUCAUUUUCCCAUUGCCUUUUAUGCUCAAAAGAUUCCCAUAUUGUGGCUCUCCAGUCCUCUCACAUUCCUAUUGCCUCCACCAAGAAGUGAUGAAACUGGCCUGUGCAGACAUCAAAGCCAAUAGCAUCUAUGGCAUGUUUGUCAUCGUGUCCACAGUGGGUGUGGACUCGCUGCUCAUCCUCUGCUCCUAUGCCUUCAUCCUCAACACUGUGCUGUCUAUUGCCUCCAAGGCUGAAAGGCUCAAAGCUCUGAACACCUGUGUUUCCCAUCUCUGUGCUGUGCUUCUCUUCUACACACCCAUGAUCGGCCUGUCUGUCAUCCACCGCUUUGGGAAGCAGGCACCCCAUCUGGUGCAGGUGAUCAUGGGCUUUGUUUAUCUUCUUGUCCCUCCUGUGAUGAACCCCAUUGUCUACAGUGUGAAGACAAAACAGAUCCGAGAUCGGGUUACACAUGCUUUUUGUUCCUGA